CAUUUAAUUAGGUUUGAAUAAAUACACUAUAUUACCAAAAGUAUUGUAACACUCCAAAUCAUUGGAUUCAGGUGUUCCAAUCACAUCCAUGGUCACAGGUGUAUAAAAUCAAGCACUUAGGCAUGCAGACUGAUUCUACAAACAUUUGUGAAAGAAUGGGUCGCUCUCAGGAGCUCAGUGAAUUCAAGCGUGGUACAGUGAUAGGUUGCCUCCUGUGCAAUAAGUCCAACUGUGAGAUUUCCUUGCUACUAAAUAUUCCACGCUCAACUGUUAGUGGGAUUAUAACAAAGUGCAACUGGGAAUAAACAAAACUCAGUCACAAAGUGGUAGCCACGUGAAAUGACAAAGCAGGGUCAGCGCAUGCUGAAGUGCACAUUUCGCAGAAGUCGCCAACUGUCUGCAGUGUCAAUAGCUAUAGACCUCCAAACUUCGUAUGGCCUUCUGAUUAACACAACAGUGUGUAGAGAGCUUCAUGGAAUGGGUUUCCAUGGCCAAGCAGCUGCAUCCAAGCCUUACAUCACCAAGUGCAAUGCAAAGCGUCGGAUGCAGUGGUGUAAAGCACGCCACCACUGG